AUGAUUCUGAUUCUGAAUAAAAGUGCCUGGUUCGACUCCCGGCAGUGGCAUCACAGCCCCGAUCAGCUGGUGGUAGCAGAUUCCACGGGAAAAUGGUGUACUCCUGCGCCAGGCUGCUAUGAACUUGCAACACUUGCCUCGCUUAGUCUACUGUUCUGGCUGUCAGCAUCAGUACGGAAAGAAAGCCCGUCGAUUGAGGUCAGGCAAAUCUGCAACGUUCAAUGCCCGCCAGGUUUCAUCAAUCACAUUAUAUCCGGUGUGGAGCUAGCCUGCCUGGUGUGGGGCUUGCGUGUGUGCCACACCGUCCGCAAGACCACGUCGCCCCCACGCCAAGCCUGGAACAUCACAGCUGCCCUUGUCAUUGAAGCGGCGUGCUCGUUCCUAUUCCAUAUGUUCUGGCGUUUGUUGGCUCCCGCCCUCCACCCAGAUUGGAUGCUAUUAAUUGCCUUCAUGCACGAGCACCUCACAGUCACGACCAACUUGGGGCUCCUGCUGAUUCCGAAGGUUGGACAAAUGAGCAGAAACUCAAAUUACCGCAAGGCGUAA